CCUUCUUUGCGCGGCUGGUAAACUGAUCAGUUUUAUUUACUCAAACGUCUCGCACUUGGUUUUGUAAUAAACGAGUUAUCUGCCUUCGGUUGUAUUAGUUUUUUGCUUUCGUUUUCCUGUGUCGAUCGCGUUUGCUUGGUAUCUUAUGUAAAUAUUUUUUCAGAGUUUUCUUUUUAACUAGCUUAACUGUAGCCGGCUUAGCAUGCUGCUCAGCGUAUUUUCAUGUCAGAGCUGAAGUGUGCCUUAGCCAAGAGAAGAGGCCGAGAAGCGACACGUUAGAUCCAGCAGUUCGUUGUCUUCGCUUCGGCCCGUUUCGCUCACAUCCGUGGCAGGUUACCCCGCAGAUCGUGCUGUGUUAUGCUGCAAUUAAAUGUCAUGGUUUCCUCGAGCCAUGUCUUGUAAGUCCAAGGUGGCCCCGAGCGUUGACUUUGACCACAGCUGCUCGGACAGCGUUGAGUACCUCACACUCAACUUCGGACCCUUCGAGACCGUCCAUCGCUGGAGGCGCCUUCCGCCCUGCGACGAGUUUGUGGGUGCCAGGCGCAGUAAACACACAGUGGUGGCCUACAGGGAUGCAAUUUACGUGUUUGGGGGAGACAAUGGGAAAAAUAUGUUGAAUGAUUUAUUGAGGUUUGACGUGAAAGACUGCUCAUGGUGCAGGGCUUUUACUACGGGCACCCCACCUGCUCCAAGGUACCAUCACUCUGCUGUGGUGUAUGGCAGCAGCAUGUUUGUAUUUGGUGGCUAUACUGGAGACAUCUACUCAAACUCAAAUUUGAAAAAUAAGAAUGAUCUGUUUGAAUACAAAUUUGCAACUGGACAGUGGACAGAGUGGAAAGUGGAAAGCAGGCUUCCUGUCGCCAGGUCAGCACAUGGAGCCACAGUUUACAGUGAUAAACUCUGGAUUUUUGCUGGAUACGAUGGAAAUGCCAGGCUGAAUGACAUGUGGACUAUAAAUCUUCAAGACCGAGAGCAGUCAUGCUGGGAAGAGAUUGAACAGAGUGGAGAAAUCCCGCCCUCCUGCUGUAACUUCCCUGUAGCUGUGUGCCGGGACAAGAUGUUUGUGUUUUCAGGCCAGAGUGGUGCCAAGAUCACCAACAACCUGUUCCAGUUUGAAUUUAAGGGCAACGUGUGGACACGCAUCCCUACAGAGCACUUACUACGUGGCUCCCCUCCACCCCCACAGAGGCGCUAUGGGCACACCAUGGUGGCCUUCGACCGGCACCUGUAUGUUUUUGGUGGUGCGGCUGACAACACCUUACCCAACGAGCUGCACUGCUAUGACGUGGACUCUCAGACCUGGGAGGUCAUCCAGCCCAGCCAAGAUAGCGAGAUGCCCAGUGGGCGUCUCUUUCACGCAGCUGCAGUGAUCCAUGACGCCAUGUACAUUUUCGGUGGUACUGUGGACAACAAUGUGCGCAGUGGGGAGAUGUACAGGUUCCAGUUCUCCUGUUAUCCCAAGUGUACCCUACAUGAAGAUUAUGGCAAGCUGUGGGAGAACCAGCAGUUUUGUGAUGUAGAGUUUGUUUUGGGGGAGAGGCAGGAGCGAGUGCUGGGCCACAUUGCCAUAGUGACAGCUCGGUGCCGCUGGCUGAGGAAGAAAAUCCUGCAAGCCCGGGAGAGGCAAAAGCAGUUUUCUUCUUUUCAGAAGUGUAAACUAGGUGGUGCUGAGGAGCCUGAAGAGGUGGUCUCAGGUGCACAAAAGGAGGGUUUAGGGGGUUCCAGGGCAUCAGGGUCUGGGUCUCAGCCCUUGCUGGAGGUCAGCAUCCGAGAGGCGGAGGCCCAGCCCUUUAAGGUCCUCAUGCAGUUCCUGUACACAGACAAGAUCCAAUAUCCGCGGAAAGGCCACGUUCAGGAUGUGCUCCUUAUUAUGGACGUGUAUAAACUGGCUCUGAACUUUAAGCUGUCACGACUGGAGCAGCUGUGUGUUCAGUACAUAGAGGCAUCAGUGGACCUCCAGAAUGUUCUGAGUGUGUGUGAAAAUGCCAACAAAUUGCAGUUGGACCAGCUCAAGGAACACUGUCUGAACUUUGUGGUGAAAGAAACUCACUUCAACCAAGUGAUAAUGACUAAAGAGUUUGAGCACCUCUCCACCCCAUUGAUUGUAGAAAUAGUCCGCAGAAAACAGCAGCCGCUCCCAAGGGUCUACUCAGACCAGCCUGUCGAUAUAGGAACAUCCCUGGUGCAAGACAUGAAAGCUUACCUGGAAGGGGCAGGGCUGGAGUUCUGUGACAUCACCCUGCUUUUAGAUGGACAUCCACGCCCUGCCCACAAAGCCAUAUUAGCUGCCCGCUCCAGCUACUUUGAGGCCAUGUUUCGUUCCUUCAUGCCAGAGGAUGGCCAAGUGAACAUCUCCAUUGGGGAGAUGGUUCCCAGCCAGCAAGCCUUUGAGUCUAUGUUGCGUUACAUCUACUAUGGGGAUGUCAACAUGCCUCCUGAAGAUUCACUAUAUUUGUUUGCAGCUCCAUACUACUAUGGUUUUUCUAACAACAGGCUUCAAGCCUACUGCAAGCAAAACCUGGAGAUGAAUGUUACUGUAGAGAAUGUUUUACAGAUCCUGGAGGCAGCAGACAAGACACAGGCCCUGGACAUGAAGAAGCACUGCCUUCACAUCAUUGUCCAUCAGUUUAUCAAGGUGUCCAAGCUUCCCAACCUGCGAUCCCUCAGCCAGCCACUACUGCUGGAUAUCAUCGAGUCCCUAGCCACUCAUAUAUUGGACAAACAGUGUGCAGAGAUGGGCUCCGACAUAUAGGAGCUCGCUCACACACACUUUUGGUGUUCACCUAGCACUUCAAGCCUUUCACAGCUUGUUACUUUACAUCAUAUACCCUACAGUGACGUUCCACGUCCCGUUUGUUUUCUCAUUAUUCACAAACAGCUUGACCUAAUUACAAAUUAUGAUGUUGUGGUCAACUAUUGGUGUGUGGUGCAAUAUUAAACAUGAAUUCUUGUUAGCUUUAUUGUAAACUUUUGUAUCUUGUUUCCAGCAUAAAGCACAACAUUUCACAGGUUUUUUUUUUUUUU